CGAGCCCUUCUUUUAAUUUAAUUAUCAGAAGAUAAAAGAGAAUUGUCUUAAAUUGUCUUUCUUCCCUUCCCUGUAACACUAUGAGAAAUGUGGUUCCUUUUACGUUACUCAUGGGUUUUAAUUAUAUACACCGUUUCUUCUGGACUCUAUAUUGCACUUAUCAAUUUACAUUACAAAUUUGAUUACUUAACGGAUUGGUUUUGUAAUGAUUUUGAGACAAUUAAUGACGUUUACGACUAUAUCAUAGUGGGGGCUGGGUCGGCUGGCUGUGUUUUGGCCGCUAGGUUGUCAGAAGACCCGACAGUGAACAUUUUGGUGAUUGAGGCUGGUGGUCGACCAUCGGCUCUCUUAGACAUCCCCAUUGCUGCUCCAAUGCUGCAAAAAACACCAUAUGAUUGGCAAUUUUAUACUGAGCCGCAGCAAAAUGCCUGUCUUGGACUCAAUGAACAGCGCAGCCCGUGGCCCCGAGGUAAAGUGGUGGGGGGUACAAGCAGACUCAACUACCUUGUCUACCUGCGUGGUCACGUAGCAGACUAUGACAGCUGGGUCAGUCCCGACUGUCAGCACUGGAGUCGAAAUGAGAUACGCAGCUAUUUUAAACGGGCAGAACGUCAGUUGGGCCGAUACGCCAACGACUCUGUGUUUCACUCCACCCUUGGCUCAAUACCAGUGUCAGACUUACUGCAUACGUCUGGUAUGAUGGACGGGCUUCUAGGCGCAGGAGAGGAACUUGGAUACAAGAUUGGAGAUCUUAACAGUGGAGAAACUCGGUUUAAAGGAGGGUUUAUGGCUACUCAGUCCACCACUAAAGAUGGUUCAAGGUUCAGUGCUGAUAAACUUUUGAUCGGAAGAAACAAUGUGAAGAUCCUGCCUUAUACUCAAGUCACAAAGGUGCUGCUGAGGCGCAAUUUUGAGGCAUACGGAGUCCGAGCUGUCCGCCACGGUCACCGCCUGACCUUGCGUGCCCGCAGGGAAGUUAUCCUAUCUGCUGGCACGGUCGGAAGCCCCCACCUCCUGCUGCUCUCUGGGAUUGGUCCUGCAAAACACCUCCAAGAGCUUGGCAUCACAGUGGCAGUAGACCUUCCUGUAGGAGAGAACCUGCAGGACCAUGUGGCUACAGGACUGGACCUAGUAGUGACCAAUCAGAGUUCUCCAUUGUCCUGGCAGACAGUUGUCAAUCCAUGGAACCCCAUCAGCUACUUGCUGGGACAAGGUCCAAUGACCCACCCGGGCUGUGAGGUGGUGGGGAUGGUGAACACUCUGGGUCGUACAGAUGAACUGCCCGACCUUCAGUUCAUGGCUCUGCCCGGUGGGUUGUCCAGCGAUGCUGGAGUAGUGCUCAAGAGGGUGAUGGGCAUCACAGACAAGCUGUGGAGGGAAUAUUUUGCAGAGUUGGUUGGUACUCCUGUGGCCACACUGCUGCCAACCGUGUUGCACCCUCACAGUCGGGGUUGUAUCAAGCUGAGGUCCAAAAACCCUAACGACCCUCCAGUCAUUGACCCCAGGUAUCUCAGUGACCCGAGGGACGUGCAGGUUCUUAUUAGAGGGCUACAACUACUAGUCCGACUGACAGAGACGGAGGCUAUGAGGAAGAUAGGGGGGAUGGUUUGGUCUACACCCCUCCCCCCUUGUGCUCACCUCCCCCUCUUCACUCCCCCCUACUGGGAGUGUUACAUCCGCCACAUCACUGUCACUGCGUACCAUUUUGUCGGAACUUGCAGGAUGGGCUCGGAAAACGAUGCGACCGCAGUUGUUGAUCACAUGUUGCAAGUUCACAAAACAUCCAGACUCCGUGUCGUAGAUGCAUCAGUAAUGCCAACCAUGCCGAGCGCAAACAUAAAUGCAGCUGUGAUGAUGAUAGCAGAGAAAGCAGCCGAUUUGAUAAAAGCUCAUUGGCACCUACAGUCCCUGCAGGUGUGCCACUUGCAGGAUGUGUUCCUCACCAGGCCUACCAACUGCCGUCACCAUUAGUAGAGAAAUUUACCUCUCAUACAUAAUAAUUCCCUAUUGUCUUUCCACCAAUGCAGGACACUUUGUGGUACUGUAAUAUGUAAACCAAAUUUUAAGAACAUACAAGUCAGCUAAAAAUAACUGAAAUGGUUAGUGUUUUUAGCUAAUUUUAUUAUUAGUCCAACAAUAAUUUUUAGGGAAAAAACCACUUAAAAUGUGUUAAAGUGAUGGAUAAAACCUAUUUGCAAUUGAUUGGUUGGCAUAAUGUUGUGAAAAAUAAGUAAACUAAAAAACCUGUAAUGUAACAUAGUUGAUUACUACUACAAUAGAUACUAAACAAACAUCAGAACAGGCUCUCUAUUUUACAACAGGGUGAGAAAACUACAUGCAGCUUCCAAAGUCAAUAUAAAUGGUACACCGGUUCAAAUCCUAUCUCUCACAAAUGGUUUCUGUCAAAGAAUUGCAUCAAAUACUUGAAAAUAACUUUCUACUUCAGAAAUAGAUUUUUAAUGAGUUAUUUUUUAACCCCUUGAAUAAAAAUGAAAAAAAAUUAUGACAAUAAAGUUAUUGUAACUGUGGGUUUGCUAACAAAAAUCUCAAUUUUUUAAGUAAGAGGAAAUAGCUACAUACAACCAGAUUCAGUUUCUAAUUUAAACUAUUUAUGCAAUAAAACUUUUACUCCAUGGUUGCCAAAUCUAAUUAGUUUUAUGAGAAAACUAGAAAGAAAAGAAGUAGUAAACUUAUCUACUCCAAGUAGAUCACAAGUCAAGAUUUUACUUAUAAAAAUAUACUGUUAUGGGAAAUACAUAAAAAGAAACUAGGUACUAUUUUUAUAUCAGAUUGUAUGUCCAUAACUAAGAUAGGCCUACUCUGAGUGCCUUCACUACAGGAUUAAAAUUUAAAAUAUAUUUCAUUGAGAAACCUUCAUAAAAGUUGUCUAUGCAUAUUUUAAAUAUUUUUUUAUUUAUAAAACUAUAACACUGUAAUGUGAGUUAAGUAUUUUUGGCAAAUUUCCCAUAUAGGAAAUAAGCUAUUUUUAAUAUGUCUAAUGUACAUGUGAUGAUAAAGUUGUCUCUAAAUGUUUAUGAAAACUUCAUAAAUCUUUAAAUCCAAUUAGUUUAAGACCCCUUCAACUUAUAACAGUUGUUAAGGCGUGUUUUCCUAGCUGCGGGGUGCGGUGUUGAAUCUGCAGAGUCCGCAGAGCACACAAUACACAGUGCUACAUCAGAGUGUUUUCCUAGGAAUCGUAGGCCAGCGGGGUUCAGACUGCAGGCCGCGUUGACUCAUUCUAGAGGUGCCUACAUCGCAGUCUGCAACGGGAUAGCGAGGAGUUUGUGUUAUUGUCCAAGUGGUUCUACGAGAGAAACUUUGAAUCCCCACCCCGCGAAGUCUAGGAAAACACUAGUCCGUCUUUGUCUGCCGUGUGGUCUAAAAAUGCAUUGAACAACGCACCACGCUGUGGAGUAACCCCACUGCUAGGAAAACGCGCCUUUAAUUUUAAUGUUUUUGUAACCCAUUUCUUAACGUGAUAUAAUCAAUGUUCCUAGUGUUGUAUAGGAUGAACGAUGUGUUGGAAAGCCAUCCCAUCUUAAUCUAGUCAAUUGUAUUCACUGAUUGUUAGGCAAUAAAUAUUAUUUAUGUAAAAAAUUA